UGCCUGCUUUUAAACUUCACCUCCACCACCGUGAUGGUGGUGAUUUCGCUAUACUACUACUACCAUAUUACCAUAUUACUUUUCUCUGCUCCACCCACCAACACCACCACCACGCACUAUAGUUCACAGCAGGGCCAAGGGACAACAAAAACAAAAAUACUAUGAAUAAAUAAAAAUACUCAGAAAUCUACCUUGCUCGUGAAGGGUCACCUACGCCUUGCUUAGUAGGCAAGUCAGUCUGGAAACCUGAACCUAACUAAACGCAGUGUGGUAUUUUAUUUAACCAUAACAUAAAAAAAAGUACUGGACGAAGGAUUGAAUUGAAUUUAUGAGGAAUGUAAUAUUUGAUAAUGAACUGCGAAUAAGUGGGAAAUACUAUUUACCAGCAGUGGGUGGUGUUACCACCGAAGCAUUGUGUGCAUACAAAACGUAAGGUCACCAAGUUUCAUAAGGUUGUCGGAUUUGACUCGAAGCCAAGAAAAGAAGCACGCUUCGGUUCAUAAAACGGCAAGUGAGGAAUUUUACUGUGAUAUACGAUUAAAUCAAGACUACUCCAAUCGUCGCAGGUGAGGGUUUUGAAAUUUGAUUUCAACAAGACCUACUCUGCAUCAGAAACAUCGUAGACACCAUGAAAACAAGAGCCACAACGGGUCGUGGAAAACUACAGAGUCCAGUCAAGCUAAAUGGAGUCAUUCCUAUGACGAUUGAAACCAGAAAUAUUCGGGCGAGCCCUGUGGAAAAUGACACAUCUCCUGUUCGUCGACAAAAGAGGAUAGCGAAACAUCAGGACGAGAGAUUCAAAUUCAUCACCAAAGCUUUGAAUGGAUACAGUGAAGACCUGGAGAAAUUAUUUUGUGUCGCUACAUGGAAAGAAUUGAUUUUGGCUGCAAGGAAGGGAACUCCAGAUGAGAGACGGUACAAUAGAGAUGCAAGUCUCGAAACUCUAGCAAAUAAUAUUAUCGAGCAAAUUGCUUCGAACGAGUACUCUUCGAAAGUUGCUCAGAUACUGAGUGCACCCACUGCAAGGAGGGGAAGGACAUCACCUAAUAGUACAGAACGUGCAACUAGAUUUUUAUUGUUGGCUGUCGAAUUCGAUAAAAAGCAGGACGACUUGGUGCGGAGAAAAAUAACUGGAGAGAAUACAAGUGACAACGAAAACGACGAUGAUGGAGAUAAAGAAAGUGAAACCUCUAGUGUGAUAAGCAAUAGUCAACCAGAAGACCCCUUGCCAGUUGAAAACCGUUGUCUGAUCAUGGACUUGGAAGUUGAAGGGGAAAAGGAAAAUGCUUCUUCCAAAAACAAACGACAAACAAGAAACUCCACCAAAGCUCAACAAUCUCCACUCAGGGUAAAGUCUAGUCAACCUCUGGAAAACUGCAGAAGAAAUGGCUUGACUAAUACGAAAGCUAAAGCUGUUAAUUUACAACCAACAAUUUCAAUUCCAAAAGACGACUUUGAGUGCAGAUCAGCCAUCGAUGAUAACCUUGAACAAAUUAAGCCAACUAGUCGACGAAGUCCAUUGUUCUUAAGCAGUCCUGACGACGAAGUUAUUGAAAACGACACUCCACCCCCUACCCCAAUCAACGGCAUUGAGCAUGAUGUACCAAUUCCUAGAAAAAGAACACGGUUCAAUUCAAGCUCUAGAGAUUUUGAUAGGUCGCCAUCAAUUGGAAGGAAUCGCAGCUAUGGGCGCAAUGACAUAUCAUACAGAUCAAUGGACAUUGAUGAAAGUCCACGUGGGUCGCGAACUAUUGGAGGAGGGGAUACGGGAAUGAUGAUCAAGUUCAACUCAUUUUAUGAUGAUCCUGCUGGUAGCUCCAAUAAUUGUGCCGUCAUCGAUAAAGAUUUUGGUCACGAUGAUCUUCCAGAUUUAGAACCUCCAGACACAGGGAGAGACAAAGAAAAUCUACCCAAGUCGGACCAAGAAAUUUUACGAGAUUACCCAAGACCACAGAAUGGUCCUGAACUGUAUUUUAAAAUGUUUGAAGAAAUUGAAGAAGCCUUAUCAAGACCAAAGAAAGAUAAAAUUGUCUCAGCUUACGGUCUUACCCUCAUGCAAGAACAGUUGGCAGUUUAUAAUAAAUCGGAAUGGUUGGAAGAUGCCAAUAUUGAUUUUUAUUUGGAAAUGAUCAAACAUCGCAACAAUCGAGAAGGCAGCCAGUACCCAAGCGUAUAUAUUUUCCAAAGCUACUUCUAUAAACUUUUAGACAAACGUGGAUAUGAAUCAGUGCAAGGAGCCACCGGAAAGGAUAAUAUAUUUCAGUUCGAUCUAGUUUUAAUCCCAAUCCACAGUGAUCAUCAUUGGGUAUUAGUCGUGGUGGACUUUAAUGAAAAAACCAUGAUGUGCUACGACAGUAUGGAUCACGAUAAUGAGAAGCAUCUUCGAAUUAUUGCUGGAUACUUGAAGCGUGAGUGGAAAGAACUAAAGCCCUCCAGAGUGACGCAGGGACAACGCGAUGGGAGAAGUUCAACUUCGCUUGUAAAUUUGAACUGUAUUAACGAUGAUGAUGAACCCUGGGGAAACUAUUUGGGAGAGGGCUGGAUAAUUAAAAACCUAGGAGCUGAUGAUAUCCCGCAGCAAAAGAAUGGAAGAGAUUGUGGAGUAUUUUGCUUGCAGUUUGCAGAAUAUUUAUCUCGUCGACAGAAUUUCGACUUUGAACAAAAACACACUGCAUAUUUCAGAAAAAGAAUGCUGUAUGAAACGCUGAAAAAAACUUUACUAAUCUCUUGAUAAACUUUAGGGCAUGAAAAGUGGUCACUCGAUCUAGUAUUGAAAGAUUUUACGCUAUCGUAUCAUCACACAAUGCUGCUCUAUUUAACGAUCGUAGAAAAAAUACAAAAUUGUGUGUAAGUUAUAUGUACAAAGUACAUAAUGUCGAGGUUAGGGUUAGACUCGUGAAUGCUCAUUUUCAUUCACGCAGCUUUACUUGGAGAAUAUUUAAUAAUGAUGCAAUAUUUCGUCGGUCGAGUGUAUUUUAUUUUACUUAUAAAUAUAUAAUAUGGAACCUUGUUAGUUGUAAAUGCAUUACUAUUGUUUUUAAAUCCACUGUGCAAUACAUUCGAUUAGGUAAAAUUGUGCAUUUAACAGACUGAUACUGUUGAUAUUUAAUAUUUUAGGUAUACCCAAAACGAAUUCUUUAUUACAUUGUCUGUUUAUAGUAGUGAUAAAGAAUGAACUGAUUAUCUGCUGGGUGUUAAGUCAUUAUUAGUGGUGGAGUUGUGGUGAAAUUUUCGAUUUACUUCCCGGGCGAUAUUUGUCGCAAUCGCAGUGCGACGAUCUCAAAUAAAGUUAUCGCUUUAAUGUCAAAACGA